UGGGAAGUCGUUGCUUCCACAGUGAGGACAGGAACUUCUACCCCAGGACCAAUCGGGGAGGCCCCUGCGGUUCUGGCACAACUCAGGGCUACUUCCACAGUGAGGGCAAGAUCUUCGUCCCCGCUGGCCCUACUGGGGAGUUGCCGCUUCCACAGUGAGCACAAGAACUUCAUCUCCGCGGGGCCAAACCCGGGAGGCGCCUGCGAUUCUGGGCCAACUCGGGCCUUGAUCACAAAGAGUGGAUUUAAAAAGAAAAGACAAAAUAUUCCUUUGAGUCAAAUGUCUGUACCUAAAUUGGAAAUACCUUUCUUGAAUUUGCUUCUGAACCUACACCGAACUUGAUGAUAAUGGACUUAUCUGUGCAGAAUUAAAAUAUCCAUUUACCUUUUUAACACAAACCACAUCACAUCUGCAAAUCAGAUGUGUGUUUCCACUUGGAGCAAGGAGAGGAACUGUGGAAAGAAGGAAUAAGAUUUCUCCAAAACCAGUGUUUAGCAUUGACUACUUUGUGCUUGGCCUGCCUGAAUGUGAAACACCAGAGGAAGACCUUUGAUGGCUGAGAUACUGACAAUGCGACCACUGGAAUCAGUGACCUUCAAAGAUUUAGCUAUAGACUUCACAUGUGAAGAGUGGGCCCUGCUGGACACUUCCCAGAGAAAGCUGUUCCGAGAUGUCAUGCUGGAGAAUAUCAAUCAUCUUGUUUCCCUGGGGUAUCAGCUCUGUAAGUCAGAUGUGACCUCCCAGUUGGAGCAAGGAGAGGAACUGUGGAGAGACGGAUUAGGAUUUCUCCAUGGCCAGAGUCCAGGUAUGGAACGUGACCUUAAAAAACAAGAAUUGAUAUCCAUGCAACAUAUCUACAGGAAGGAUACAUCCACCAUCCUGUCAAAGCAGAUUUCUCACACUGGAAAGGAUCAAUUUAAAUGUAAUGAUUUGGAAGAGAAUUUCAUUCACAGCUCUACAUUGACUCAGUAUAUAUCGACUCACACAGGAAAAAAACUCUGUGUCAGCAAACAAUUUCGAAAAGCCCUCAGUGACCGCUCAUCCUUUAAUCGACAUAAGCACAUUCACACUAGAAAUAAAUCAUUUGACUGUCAUAUAUGUGGGAAAGACUUCAGAAGAAGUUAUGUCCUUAGGCAACAUGAGAGAACUCACACUGGAGAGAAACCAUAUGCCUGCCAUAUAUGUGGAAAAGCCUUCAGUCAGUCUUCAAAGCUCAGGCAACAUGAGAGAAUUCACACUGGACAGAAACCAUAUGCCUGCCAUGUUUGUGGGAAAGCCUUCAGUCAAUCUUCCAACCUUAGACGACAUGACAGAACUCAUACUGGAGAGAAACCUUAUGGCUGCCAUCUAUGUGGAAAAACAUUCAGUCAGUGUUCUACACUUAGAAAACAUGAGAGAACUCACAGUGGAGAGAAAACAUGUGAAUGCCAUCUCUGUGGGAAAGCCUUCAGUCAAUAUUCUGCCCUUAGGCAACAUAAGAGUACCCUCAAUGGAGAGAAACCAUAUGAAUGUCAUGCUUGUGGGAAGGACUUCACUAAUAGUUCUCAUAUUAGAAAACAUGACAAAACUACACUAGAGAGAAACUGUGUGGCUGCCAUCCAUGUGGGAGAGCCUUUAGUGAAUCUUCCAACUUUAGACAACAUGAGAGAAUGCACACUGGAGAGAAGACCACAAUGUCAUCCAUGUGGGAAAGCCUUCACUCACUCAUUGUUCUGCCUGUAGAUGGCAUGCAAAAACUCACACUAAAAAUCUUACUAAUAUGGUGAGGUCUUCAGCCACAACUCUAACCUUUAAAUAUAUGAAAGAACCCACAUAGGAGUUUAAUUCUAUAUAAAUGUAAUCCCUGUGUAAAUGCCUUUAUUUAAAUUUAUCCUAAAAUGACAUGAUUAUACUACAUUUGAAGGAACUCUGGGUAUGUAGUUAACUGUAGGAUAUUUUAGCUGAGCUUCAGCCUUGGUGUGCACAAGAAAAACUUAAAGUAGAAAUAACUCCUAAAACAUGAAAUCAGAGGGGAAUGUCUUUAUGGAGGAGAUGCUAGGGGAACAAUUUUUGCUGGGGAAGUUAGUGAAAUAAACAUGAAAAACCCUUUACUUACAGAGCAAAGUUUAUAAUAUAUGUGAGGUUUUACUUGUGUAAAAUAUUUUCUGUGUAAUGAAUAAAGGAACAUCUUCAAUGAUUCUGAAUUCCUUCAUCAGUGUAAAAGUUCUCAUAUGGAGGAAAUGCCAAUCCUAAAAUCAAAGAGAAAGCCCUCAGCUGUAGCUUUCAUCAGGAAUAUCAGACGGAAGACUUCUAAUGAGAAAUCUUUACCCACACAAUUCAACCAUGAAUUCAGAAUUUUUCCUAAGGAUCUAUUAUUGAAAACUUUAGGGUAAAAAUGUACCAUUCUCAAGUGAUCUGGGAAUAUUGAAGCAGAAUUUUGUAAUGAGUAUUAAGCAGAGGUAUGAAUCUUUGUUCAAUGGAUUAAUAAUUGCAAAUACUUAAUGAAGUAAAUUUCUGAAAAUUUA